CACGUGCGUUUUUGUUGUUUUGCGGUAAACGUUCUCGAAGGUGUUAAGAAAUUUUGUAAAAUUUUGGUGAAUUUUCGACGUUUUUCUGGCUAAAAUGAGUACCAAGAUAAAGCUAAAAGAAAUAUACGAAGUACAAAAUCAGUACAAGGCUUUCUACACGGGCGGUACAGUACAAUGGAGCUCGGACGGAAAGGAAAUGCUGUGUCAAAAUGCGGGAAGCAUCAAUUUGAUUUCCGUUACGGACGAUGCCGUUGAACCGGUAGCUUUCGGAGACGGUGAUGAAUCAGAUACGGUGUACUCUUUUGCCCUGAGCAAGGACAGUCAAAGUGUGGUUUCCGCUCACCGGUCCGGUUUGCUCAAGCUGUGGGACAAAGAGACAAGGCAGGUGAGCAAAACAUGGCGCGGAGUUCACCAAGGACCGAUUACGAAGUUGGUCUUUAACGAUGAUGAUACGCUGAUUGCGAGUGGAGGCACAGAUACCACGGUUCGCGUUUGGGACCCCAAAGAGCAAGUCUGCAAGGGCACACUGCGGGGAUGUCAGGGAGUCAUCAACUUAAUAGUAUUCCACCCAGAUCUGGAAAGUAAAGUGCUGUUGGCUGCUGGGGACGAUGUAAAAAUCAACGCAUGGAACUACGAGACGCGAGAGCUUGUAAAGACAUUCUCGGGUCACUUCUCCAAGGUUACAGGUGUAUCGUUUUCCAGUGAUCGGAAAUUUCUGGUUUCAUCUGGCAGGGAUAAAGUUUUGAUUUUGUGGAACUACGAAACUCAGGAAGCAGUCAAAACCAUUCCUGUGUACGAGAGUUUGGAAAGCGUUAUUGUUCUUCCCAAGGGUGUUCAUCUGCCGGGUCUUAAGUUGAAAUCGGAUAAAAUUUACGCGGCCUGCGCCGGAGAAGAAGGUUUAGUUAAGGUUUGGGAAAUGACCGAAACUAAGAUUGUCUUUAAACAGACCAACAGUUUGGUCACAAAGUCCGCCGAAGAAGGUGGCUUGGCCAUAGCGAAUAUGCUGUUCAACAGAGAAUCAUCGAAACUGGCCAUAGUCAGCGCUGAUCAUAACAUCAUCAUUCACGACCUGGAUACUUUCGACUGUUUCAAACAGCUUUCCGGAUUCAGUGACGAAAUUCUGGAUCUAAUUCUGUUUGGCAAGAAAGACCGAUUCCUUGGUAUGGCUACAAAUAGCAAUGAUUUCAAAGUAUAUGAUACCACUACCAUGAACUGCCAAUUGGUCAAAGGCCACACAGAUAUUGUUUUGUCGCUGUCUGCGAACCAACACUACAUUAUAUCGUCUUCCAAGGAUAACUCUAUCAGAUUAUGGCGCUACGAUAUGGUUAAAUUCUCGAUCCAGUGCAUUGCCAUUGGACUGAAACACACCAAUGCGGUAGGCAGCGUUGCCAUAAGUAAAAUAUCCGGCAAGUUUUGCGCUAGCGUUAGCCAAGAUAAAUGCUUGAAAGUCUGGAAAAUCCCUAAGGAGUUCAAUCAAACCGCGGACGAGAAGGAACUCACCCGAUUGAAUUGUACUCUGACCGAGCUGGCGCAUGAAAAAGACAUCAACUGCGUUUGCAUAUCGCCAAACGAUCGACUGAUCGCGACUGGAUCACAGGAUAAGACCGCCAAACUGUGGGAUGUUAGUAAUCUCAGUUUGGUUGGAGUUUUCCGAGGCCACCGAAGAGGAAUCUGGGCCGUUCGGUUCUCGCCUGUUGACCAAAUUUUACUGACAAAUGCAGCCGAUUGUUCCGUUAAGCUUUGGUCCCUCACCGAUAUGACCUGCCUCAAGUCGCUGGAAGGUCACGAAAGUUCCGUUCUGCGAGUGGAAUUCCUGUCAAACGGAAUGCAACUGCUUUCCGCCGGCGCUGAUGGUCUUUUGAAGCUCUGGUCUAUCAAAAGCUCCGAGUGCCUGCAAACAAUGGACAAACACGAAAGUCGUAUUUGGGCUCUGUGCGUCACAGAGGAUGAAUCCGUUUUCUACAGCGGUGGCUCCGAUUCCCAGCUAAUCAAAUGGAAGGACGUAACGGACGAGAAACGCGAACGAGAAAUGACCGAAUACAAGGAAGUUCUCCUUCAGGAACAGGAACUCAACAAUCUUAUGCAGGAUAAAAAGCUUCUAAAAGCACUCCGUCUGUCACUCAAUCUCGAUAGACCCAUGAUGACUUUGAAAAUCAUCACCGCCGUUAUCAAAAGCCAAGAACAAGGCCUCCCCGAUACCGUUCAAAAACUUCGCAACGAUCACAAAGAAACCCUGUUGAAACAUGCCAUCGAAUGGAACACCAGCAGCAAAAAUUGUCGACCUGCCCAGCUGGUGCUGAACAUUCUCCUGCAGCAGAUGCUCUCCGGUGAUUUCCACGUAUCCGAACUGAACAAACAUCUCGAGGCGGCCCUUCCUUACACCGAGCGGCACUUCAAACGGAUGACCGAGUACGCCAAGGACCUUAAGUUUAUCGAGUACACGCUGCACUGUAUGCAACCGCACGCUACCAAACUAGAAACCAAUAAAACCGACAAGGCGUAACGGAUUUCACCAGCCUCCCGCACACAUUAUAAGUCAA